UGAGACAUAUGAGCCCUCUGAGGGGUAUAGGAAGCGAGAACAUUCAACAGCAGAAUACUAGAGCAUUGUCAAUUUUGUAGAGUAGAGUACUGGUGGUUGUCUGGUGAGCUCCUCUCCACCACAAAAGACACCAACGCAGCCUCAAACGAUGGAUGCACUCGGCCACGGCCUAGGAGAGGCAAGUCAUGCCCUCCACCAGCUGCCGCAUGUCCACUCAUCAGACGUACUGGAUCAAGUCCAGCCACAGCAGCAGCACGACGAAGGCGCGUGGCCUGAUAAACGCCGCAAGCUGGCCGACGACGGACGACACCUGUUUGGCUGUGAAAUAUGCGGCGAACGCUUCACGCGUUUCGAAAACUUGAAGAGACAUAAGCGGAAUCAUGAUGCUACGUCUGUUGAACAGUGCCCCUGCUGUAAAGUCAAGUGCAAGCGCCCAGAUCUCCUUAAACGCCAUGUCAAAAAAUUCCAUCCACAAGAGAUGGAGAGACUGUAUCCAAAGCCCGUGCCGGGUGUGCCUAUGGCCCCUCAAGAGCAGUUUGCGACGACUGAUGCAGCGCAAACGCUGACGUCUUUGGCCAUGCCGGCUCCUGUUGACCCGGCGCUUCAACUGCAACACGAACACAACAUGCUCAUCAAUAAUUUGCAUGGAUUUGUACCUACAAUCAUGCAGCCAAGCAGUAAUGAUCUGCUUGAUCGACUGCCAGAGAUGCCAUUCACUGAGCAGCAGCUUGAAGAAUUCACGGCCCUCUACUUUCAACACUUUCACGCCGCAUUUCCAGUUCUGCAUCAACCAACAUUUGCCAAGCAUUUUGAGGAGACGCCUUGGCUGUUACUGCCUGUUGCAUGUAUCGGCGCCCUCUACACACAAGAUUUGAGCUAUCAGAAAAAGGCACUGAGCGUGUGGAUGAACCUCGUUAGCAUCAUCAAAUCAUAUGAUCUGGAAGACUCGCGCACGGAUCCCAUCGCAUUGUCACUUGCAGCGCUCUUGCUUUGCUACUUCGGCAUCUUCUUUGGUGAUGAACAAACUCAUACUGCCGCACUGGAAUUGCAUGCUUCCCGCAUCUUUCAGCAACGUCGUCUCGGCUUCAAGGAAGGUCCUGUAUCUGCCAUGGAUGAGCAAGCUACGGUAGAUGAAAAUUGGCAAACUUUUCUAGCGCGAGAGACGCGUCUGCGACUCUUGUUUGGUAUGCAGCUGCUUGAUAUGCAAAUCAACACAAUUUUCGGCACACCCUCGCUCUUGAUGAUUCACGAAUUGCCAAAGGACAUGCCUUGUCCUGAAGUCCAGUGGGAUGCGCCGACAGCGGAAGCAUGGGAUACAACAGCCAAAAUCUCGACAGAUGGUUGGACCACAGCAAAGCUCAUGGUGGAGCCUUUACACAGACCAAUUGACACAUGCCAGGGACCGCCUGCACUGCUGGGCUUUCGAGGCUUAUUCCUCGUACAUCGUAUGAGGAAAGAAAUUUACGAUUUUAGCGCUCUUGCUACAAGGUUUCGAGUCCAGCGCACCCAUGAGUGUGACAAUUCUUCAAUUGAUGACGCGUUCGAAUCUGAUUACUAUGCCAAGCUGUGUCACCGCUUCAAAGAGCGUAUCGAAGAGAUGGGCGACUUGAUGCGUACGCAAGACCCUGCAGCCACUCAGCAAGCAUUUUGGGAUGCAUGGCACUUGUCGCAUCUUCAGAUUGGAGCUGUCUCGGCGCUGCGACUUACACAAGAAGGCCCCUUCUGUCUUCUCCAUCAAGAUUCCAGGCGAGAAUUGCAUGAUGAACAAUUUCCGCUCAAUUGCCCAGUCUCUUUGUCCCUUCGCGAUACCGUUACUUCAUUGCUCAAACAUUGCCUUCUUCAGCCGCCUUCUUUGUGUGCAGCAGGCGAAUCAUUACUAGACGAUCCAGCUGCUAGCAUUACAGAAGCUGAGCUGCAUCUGACAUGGUUCGUUCAACGACUAGCAUCUUGGCAACCCCUUGCAUCGCAGCGGGGAAGAAUGGAAGAUCCAGUCUCCUCGUACAUCCUUCUCACUGGAUGCAUGGCUUGUUGGCACCUUCUACAAGUCGCAGAUGACCUCAAAGUCCUUGUGGCAACGAAGAAGCCCGAAAAGGGUCUCAAAAUAAAGCCCGAGCAGAGAAAGCAGAGCGCGGCGUUGGAGAAGAAGGUCGGUAAAAUCUUUGCUUCGUUUGUCGGGACAGGAUCUGAUCGUGCCAAAAAGUUUGUUCAAUUGAUGGUGGAGAAGACUCGAGACAUGCGUGCCUGGCAGUUUGGCGAAUACGUCGACAAGGCUUUGCAGACUACAACUGCUCAAGAGUAAAUGAUGGAUGCUAUGC